AUGUCCCAGCACAUCUACACUCGACACGGGAUAGACGCACUGCAGAAGCCCGGGGUCUUCCAGGUGAGACCCCAAUGUAUCAAGAAACACAUGCAGAGUCAGGAGACACACCUCCGCAAGGGGAAUUCUCCAGCACACUCUUACAAACAGUGGUGUGUGGUGUGGGUUGUGGGUGACUCAGUGAACAGAGGGACCUAUUCAGACCAGCCGUUGAAGCGCUCGGAUGGAAGCACCACCUCCACCAGCUUCAUCCUCCGUCAGUCCGCGGCGUUUUGGUGCAUCUAG